UCCCGCCGACGGCUCGUUGAGUAUGUACACCGUGGCGUCCGGAAUCACGCUGCGAGAUGCCUUCCAUCUGGCCGGGUCUCAGGAUCUCGGCGUCACUCACGGCCAUAUUGUCACCUCGACGCUCUACCGACAGGGCUUCAUGCACGUCAAUCGCGCCUCACUCAGUCAGCAAGCCUUGCCAGACGUCUGGAACUACGACUUCUGGAUGCACCACUACCACCUGUACGAGCGACUGAGCCAUUUGGCUGCCACCGAGUCGAAACUGAUCACGGCCACGAUGAGCGCCGACACGCUCUGCAAGAACAUGAUCCUGCAGGCCACCCUUAUCGCCCUCUAUUAUGCCGCCGGGAUGCGUGCCCCCAAGACCGACAGCCCUAUUCGACCUCCCAUCCCCAACAACGCCGAUGGCAGAUGCCUCACAGCCGCAAUGAAAGUCAAGGAGAUUGCCGAGCUGAUUACACACAUGGACGUUGCUCGGGUAUGCAUUCUCUUUCCCGUCCUCCAUUGCCGGUCACUAACUUGUCGUUCGUUAGAUGAGUCCCUUCAUUCCCUGGUCGAUCUUCGUGGCGGCCCAGAUUUUCGUGCGUCAUCUCCACAGCAGCUCCUCCGCAGGUGAGAGCCAGAAGAACGCUCGUCUUCGGUACUUGGAUGCCCUUCGCUCGCUUCUUUCGGCCCUGUCGAUCCUAGAGUCGACGAACCCCAUCGCAGGGGUCCUGGCCACCCAGAUCCGCAUGGAACUCAACGGUGGCAAAGCCGUGAGUGAUGCGCGCUCCAUCGGUCGACUGGACUGCGGACUGGAGCUGUAAUUGCACGAUCUUACGACGAUACGGCCUUAAGGUAGGGUUGAGUUCCUGCCGUCCGCAGUCUCAUACAUAGGAAACCCAUCUAUUCAUGAUCAUAUUAGGGGUAAUCAUGCCAUGUUUCCAUAAGCAGAUAGAAAUGACAUCUUACUGUUCUACCAAUGAAGACACCAUGGGCCCUUGGCAGAGAUCGGACACUUGGAUGGGUUUAGUUUGGCAGGUGGGGCCGCAUCCAUUCCUUAGUCCUCGGUCGAUGCUUAU